AUGGGUUUAUUUAAGCGUGGUGUAACUUUUAAUGGCUUGGACUGUUUGAAAGAUGCCAACAUGCCAGCGUAUGAAAGUGCUCACAUGAAACUGCAAGCUGAAGUUCCAUGGGGAGAUCAACCCAGCUAUGGGAAAUACACAGUGUAUUUUGGAGUAGUAGUAAUAUUUAUUGCGUUUGUUAAGAACAUAUGGUACAGAUAUCUGGAUUAUUCUUACAAAAAGAAUCCGCAGAGUGGGAAUUCAUUUGUUAAUGUAUUGUCAUCAUACUUUAGAUUUGUCGGAUAUAAGCAAGUUCCAGGCAAAAUAUGCUAUUACACAUCAUUGCCAACAUCGAUUGGGUCCACACUCUUUUUAAUGGCAUCUACUAUCUAUUUAUUCUGUUACUGCUUGAUACCACACUUUUGGUAUAGAGGAUGUCGCGGAUUCGGCUCACCUCCAUUAGCUGUGAGAGCAGGAAUAAUGGCUACGGCAUUGACUCCAUUCGUAUAUGUGUUAUCUGGUAAGUCAAACAUGAUAACAUUUAUUACUGGUAUAAGUUACGAAAAACUUAAUGUAUUUCAUCAAUACGUUGGUGUUGCAGCUUUGGUUUUGUCGGUGAUUCAUACAAUUCCCUUUAUUUUCCAGGAUUUAGCUGAAGGUGGUGCUGAAGUCUUACACCUUAAUUUCACCUCCGACUUUGCCUACUAUAGCGGGCUUCCACCUUUGAUUUUGCUAGGAUUAUUAUGUGUGUUGUCCAAAGCAUGGUUUAGAAAAGUGUGCUACGAAGGCUUUCUUCAUUUACACUGGAUGUUUGGAAUUGCGUACUUUGGUACGUUGUGGUGGCAUAUUAACUAUACGUUGGGGAUGCAAGAUUAUAUGUAUGGAGCAUUAGCAUUUUGGGCAACUCAAGUGAUAUAUCGUAUUUUAAUUAAAACCACGUUCAGACCAAAUUCGUUAUUCAUGAAACCAAGGAGGGCUGAAUUAAGCAAGUUAGGACCCAACGCAUAUGAGAUUUCUGUCAGUGGCGAACAUCUUAAAUGGAAACCGGGUCAACAUUGUUUUCUUAGAUUCGUUGGUACAAGGAUGCUUGAUAACCAUCCAUUUUCAGUGUGUUCGAUCUUGAACGAAGACAGUAGAUUGAAAUUUAUAGUUAUUCCAAAGAAAGGGUUGACGAAACAGUUGUAUUCUGAAUUGGAUGAGUAUGCAAUAACCAACAAGAAAGUAUUCUUAGAUGGACCAUAUGGAGGUACUGCAAGAGACCCAACAUCGUUUGAUAAUGUUGUGUUAAUGGCAACCGGAAGUGGUAUAACAGCCACAUUACCAUUCUUAUCCACGAUUGCCAACGAAAUUCAACAAGCAAAGAAAGAUAAUAAACCAUUCAUUUGCAGAAAUAUCAACUUUGUUUGGGUCAUUCGUCAUAUCAACGACUUAAGCUGGAUUGAUACAGAAUUAAACAGAUGUCUUGAGAUUGCUGGGGAUUACAUAAAUACCGAUAUUUACGUAUGCCACGGUAAAAGUGAACAACAACAGAGUUCAGAAGAUACGAAAACAAAUAAGAGUGCGCUGGAUAUUGAGAAAACUAUCGAGGCGCCAAGUAUAUCCAAUGAUGCUAUCAAUUUGCAUUAUUUCAGGCCAUUCAUACCUGACAUUUUAUUCAAACUCUCUCGCACACUUGGAAGACGGAACAUGGUAGUAUGCUCUGGAGCUGACUCGAUGAAACAGGAGACUUCCCGUACCAUAGCCAACUUACAACCUAUGAUUUUCAACAACGAUAUCAAUAACUUACGUAUUGAAGAAAUUUAUCUUCACACUGAAUCUUUUGGUUGGUAG